AUGGCGUGCAGUAAAUACGACUACGAGGUUGGGUAUGAAGACAAUCGCUUCGAGUUUGUUGUCAGUCAAAGAUUUCACUGCCCCAUUUGUUUCCUGGUUCUUAAAGAUCCCGUUAUGUGCAAGAACGAACACUACUAUUGUUCUUCAUGUAUGAAAAAGCAUUUGGAAAACUCCUCGUUCUGUCCGACGUGUCUUGAACACCUCAGUGUUGACACACUAAGGCCAGCUUCGAGGAUUGUCAAUGAUUAUAUAUCUGAGCUGAAUAUUCAUUGUGAUUUCUACCCCAGAGGAUGCCCUGAAAUGGUUCAAGUUGAAAAUCUCAAACGUCACGUUGCAAGUUGUGGAUUCUCUCCCGUGCAAUGUUCGAAUGAUGGAUGUAAUGUUCUCGUGAAUGCCAGCGACAAGCUUCACCAUGAAACUGAAGUUUGUGAUUUUAGAAAAAUGAUAUGUCAUGACUGUGGUCAAGUCAAGAAUGAAGUGAAGGAAAUGAAAGAUGAAAUGAAAGAUGAAAUGAAAGGAAUGAAAGGUGAAAUAAAGAAUGAAAUGCAAGGAAUGAAAGGUGAAAUAAAGAAUGAAAUGCAAGGAAUGAAAGGUGAAAUAAAGAAUGAAAUGGAAAUAAUGAAUGAGGGAAUGAAAAAUGAAAUAAAGGAUGAAAUGAAAGGAAUGAAAGAAGAAAUGAAAGAAAUUAUCGAUCAAGUAUUAGUGCAUCAAGAUCAGAUGCAAGAUAAAAUAUCGAAAGAAGUAAAAGAGGAAGUAAAAGAUCAGAUGAAGAAUGAAAUGAAAGGAUUGAUUGAAAAUGAAAUGAAAGGAAUGAAAGAGGAAUUGAAAAAUGAAAUUAUAGGAAUGAAAGAGGAAACAAAAAAGGAAAUGAAGAAUGGAAUGAAAGGAAUGAAAGAGGGGAUAAAAAAUGAGAUGAAAGAAAUAGUUAUGAAUGCAGUGCGAGAUGCAGUGGCGGGAAUAAAAGAUCUCGAAGUUGAAAAGAAAAAUUCAACACAAAGUUCACAAGCGACAUGUUCUUCAGAUGCAAGUGAAAAUAUCUUUGUAGUUGGAGGACACAAGCAUGGUUGGAGAUAUGUGGAAAAUAAAUCCACAGAGUGUUUCAACUGGGCUGACCAAACCUGGACAUUGCUGGAUUCUGCAGUAAUUGAAGGUCGUUUUUACUCUUGUUCUUUCCUGCAUCAAGGUCAAAUGGUAGUCGCUGGAGGUUAUGAUGAUGAUAACAACAUGACAAACACAAUGAAAUGUUUGAAUAUCGCAGAUCCAGCAGCCACAUGGAAAGAUUUCGCUGUCAAUCUUCCUGUCAAGUGCUACGGUCAUAAAGUCGUCAGCCAUAAUGAUCAGCUGUUUAUGUCUGGAGGAUAUGUUCAACCCAGUGCUGGGGGACCGUCCAAACUUUCUGAUGCAGUGUAUGAGGUGCAGUUGGUUCCACCAUAUUCCAGUAAGAUGUUGACAAGAUUACCACAAUCAAGAUCUCAGCAUGGCAUGGAAAUGUUUGAUCAGAAAUUGUUCAUUCUUGGAGGGUAUGAUGGCAAGAACAUCACAGCCAGUGUGGUACAGUAUGAUCUCAUCAAGAAUGAAUGUAAAGAAAUGCCUCCAUUGCCAUAUGCUGUGCAAGAAAUGGCGACUGUUUUAUGGCGGAAUAACGUGCUUGUGAUUGGUGGGUUGGAUCACGAUUAUGAACGUUUGAAUAACGUAGCAAUGUAUGACGUCAUCACAGGACGUUCUCAAAUGUUGCUAUGUAUGAAGAGGAGGCGAUAUGGUUGUACAGCGGUCUUAACUGGCAAUGUUGUAGUGGUUAUGGGAGGAAGGAAUGGGGUGAACGCUGAUCUGAAGUCAGUGGAAUGUUUUGAUUUAGAACGUCAAGUUUGGCAAGACUUGCCUGACAUGCUUGAACCAAGAGUACAUUCCACUGCAGUGGUCAAAUCAAACCAUUGA